UGUUCCUUAUGAUCCAGGACUUCAAGAUGACAGGAAGAGAGUUUCUUGAACUAGAUUCUCCACAGCAAAGACUAUAUUUGGCAAAACUUAAGCAGAUGGAAGUCAUACAAAAGAUGUUCAAUGAGCUUCCUAAAGCAGAUCAGAACCUUUGUAAUCAUGGCUCAUACUUCCUCGGAGCAAAUUCAAGCUUAUGUGGCUUAGCAGCAAAUAAUUUCUUCAGGAACAUCCUACACGUCAGAAGGGCUUCCGUGGUGUCUGCUUUGCCGAUGGCCGUUAUUCCAUUUCUUUCAACAGUAGCGGUUUAUGAAGUUUUUGUGCGUGAGCCUUUAUUUUCAGGUGAACUAAACUGUGAGGUCUGUGCUGUGGUCAGAGGAGGAUUAACAGGAGCUGUUGUGGGUGGUCUCUAUCCUGCUUUCCUGGCUCUCCCUGUGAACGCAAGCCUUGCAGCCAGGUAUUCCUCAUCUCCCUUGCCAGGGAAAGAAAAUCUAUUGCGCUUUUGGAUCACAGCUGCUCAGCCCGUCUUUAGAAAGAUGAGUUUGGGUGUGCUUAUACAGGCUCUAACUGGAUUGUAUCUUGCCACUAAACAUCAUGGAAUAUAUGUCAAAAUACUGCAGCAGAUGAACACUAGCAGGGAUCCUGAAGAGUUACAAGCAUGAAGUUAAGCAACUUUUCAAUUGCCUUGGAUAAGUGACCAUAAUAAACAA